AUGAGCCUCCAAGGAGAUAGACAGAAGGGAGGCAAGACCUCCAAAGGGAGUCUCUUUGAGAAACCUGACAAAGAAGCCCAAAGCGAUGAACAACAGAGAUCAGAGUCUGAGAUUCCCAGUGGUCAGUCUGCCCAGGAUCAUAAGGAAGAUCUGUCCUCCAUUUUCAGGUCUGUUGAAGACAGUAUCAUCACUUUUGUGAGAGGGGAGUUGGAAAGAUUUAAGAGGAUUUUGUGUCCAGAUCUCCCAGAAUGCUUUGAGAGUCAGAAUAAGAAUCAGAGCAAUGCCAGAGAGGGGGCUCUGAAGAUCACACUGCACAUCCUGAGGAACAUGAACCAGAAGGAACUUGCUGACACGUUGGAAAAAAGUAUGAAUUAUUUGUCUGUACAUAAACUCAAACUCAAUCUGAAGAGAAAGUUUGAAUGUCUGUUCGAGGGAAUAGCAAAGCAAGGAAACUCAACACUUCUCAACAAGGUCUACACAGAGCUGUACAUCACAGAGGGUGGAAGUGGAGAGGUCAAUCAUGAACAUGAGGUCAGACAGAUUGAGAUAGCAUCCAGAGGACCACCAACACAAGAGGUACCAAUCAAAUCCAAUGACAUCUUCAAACCCUUACCUGGACAAGACAAAACCAUCAGGACUGUACUGACAAAGGGAGUCGCUGGCAUUGGAAAAACCAUCACUGUACACAAGUUCAUUUUGGAUUGGGCUGAAGGAAAGGCAAAUCAGGAUGUCCAGCUCAUAUUUUCUCUCCCUUUUCGGGAGCUCAAUUUGUUCAAGGGGAAUCAAUGCAGUUUGAUCAAACUCCUCCAUCACUUUUGCGUUGAAGCAAAAGAAUCAGGAAUAUCCAACUUUGAAAAGUACAAAGUUGUGUUUAUCUUUGAUGGUCUUGAUGAGUGCCGACUUCCUCUAGACUUCCAGAACAAUAAGAGCUGUUCUGAUGUCACAGAGUCAACCUCAGUGGACGUGCUGCUGACAAACCUCAUCAAGGGGAAUCUGCUCCCAUCUGCUCUCCUCUGGAUAACCUCUCGACCUGCCGCAGCCUACCGCAUCCUUCCUGAUUGUGUUGACCAGGUGUCUGAAGUACGAGGGUUUAAUGACCAACAGAAGGAGGAAUACUUCAAGAAGAGAAUCAGUGAUCAAAACCUAGCCAAAAUAAUCAUUACACACAUAAAGUCAUCAAGGAGCCUGUACAUCAUGUGCCACAUACCAGUCUUCAGUUGGAUUUCUGCCACAGUCCUAGAGAAAAUGUUGGGGGAAGCAGAGAGUGGAAAGAUGCCCAACACACUGACUCAGAUGUACACACACUAUCUGAUUUGCAUCAUACUGAUCAAUCUGAAAUAUUCAGUGGGAUCAGAGACAUUGGUGGCAGAUUCAGAGAUUAAAACAGACGAAGAGAUGAUCCUCACACUGGGAAAAUUGGCAUUUGAACAGCUGGAGAAAGGAAAUCUGAUCUUCUAUGAGGAAGACCUGAGAGAGUGUGGCAUUGAUGUCAGAGAAGUGUUAGUGCACUCAGGAGUGUUCACUCAGAUCUUUAGAGAGGAGUGUGGGCUGUACCAGGGGAGGGUGUACUGCUUUGUGCAUCUGAGCAUUCAGGAGUUUCUUGCUGCAUUAUAUGUGUUCCACACAUUCAUCAACAGCGGUCUAAAUCUAUUAGACGAACAGGAAACCACCACCAGAAAGCUUCAGAUAACCAAAGGUAUUCCUGUAACUCUUCUUCACAAGAGUGCAGUAGACAAGGCCUUACAAAGUGAGAAUGGACACCUGGACCUUUUCCUUCGCUUCCUUCUCGGUCUCUCAAUGGAGUCCAGUCAAACUCUCCUACGAGGCCUACUGGCACAGAUAGGAGGCAUCUCUCAGAGCAAUGAGGAAACCGUUGAGUACAUCAAGAAGAAGAUCAGGAAGAAUCCCUCUCCAGAGAGAUGCAUCAAUCUGUUCCACUGUCUGAAUGAGUUGAAUGACCAUUCUCUUGUGGAGGAGAUCCAAAGCUACCUGUGCUCAGGAAGUCUCUCAGAAGCCCAACUUUCGCCUGCACAGUGGUCAGCAUUGGUCUUUGUGUUGCUGACAUCUGAAAAGGAGCUUGAUGUGUUUGACCUGAAGAAAUAUUCCAGAUCAGAAGAGGGUGUUCGGAGGCUGUUGCCAGUGGUCAAAAGCACCAGGACAGCUGUGCUGAAAGGAUGUAAUCUCACAGAGAGAUGCUGUGAAGAAUUGGCCUCAGCUCUCAGCUCAAACACCUCACACAUAAGAGAGCUGGACCUGAGUGACAAUGACCUGCAAGACUCAGGAGUCAAGCUUCUCUCUGCUGGACUUGCGAGUCCACACUGUAAAUUGGAGACACUAAGGUUGUCAUUCUGUGGUGUCACAGAGAAAGGCUGUGCUUCCCUGGCAUCAGCUCUGAGAUCAAACCCCUCUCACCUGAAAGAGCUUGAUCUGAGCUACAACCACCCUGGAGACACAGGAGUGGAGCUGGUCUCUGCCAUACUGGAAGAUCCACACUGUCAACUGCAUACACUCAGUGUGGAUCAUAAUGCUGAGUGCUGGUUGAAAUCUGCCCUGAAGAAAUAUGCAUGUGAGCUCACACUGGAUCCAAACACAGCACACACAUACCUCUCUCUGUGUGAGGCAAAUAAAAAGAUGACACGGAUGGAAGCGGCGCAAGUAUAUCCUGAUAGCUCUGAUAGAUUUAAGGACUGGGGCCAGGCGUUGUGUAGAGAGGGUCUGUCUGGGCGCUGCUACUGGGAGGCAGAAUGGACUGGGAAAUGGGCUGGUGUAGGAGUGGCAUAUAAAGGAAUCAGCAGGAAAGGGGAGGGUAAUGAUUGUGUGCUUGGAUACAAUGACAUGUCUUGGAGUCUGCGCUGCUUUGAUGGCUGUUUCAAUGCCUGGCACAAGAAGAAGGGGGAAGCCAUAUUGGUCCCCUCCCCUAUCCCCAAAAGGGUAGGAAUGUAUCUGGACUGGCUGGCUGGCACUCUGUCCUUCUACAGUGUCUCAUCUAACUCACUGACCCACCUGCACACAUUCCAGACGACAUUCACUGAGCCUCUCUACCCAGGGUUUAGGCUUUGGUAUCAUGACACCUCAGUGUCCCUGUGCCAGGUAGAAUAG